GAUUCUGGAGCUCGCACCCAAGCGGAUUUCACAGGAACGAGCCCAGCACAUAUCGCGAGAUUUGAGUAAAGCACUCCCGGUUGUGAUCGGACUCCCCGCUCACUAGGCCGUGGAGCCUCGGGCUGGAGUUACGGCCUGACCCGGCCGACGGGUUAUGGACCCGGCUCGACACGGAGGAGGAACCGGACCGGGAGGUAAGAUGCCAGCCAAAAGAAAGCCUGUUCUCCCUGUUUUGAAUUUAGCACCCACCAUUGCAGAAGGACCAUCGCCUACCAGCGACGGAUCAUCCGAAGCUAACCUGGUGGAUCUGCAAAAAAAGCUAGAGGAAUUGGACCUCGAUGACCAACAGAAAAAGCGUCUGGAAGCUUUUCUGACCCAGAAGGCCAAAGUGGGAGAGCUCAAAGACGAUGACUUUGAACGGAUUUGUGAGCUUGGCGCUGGAAAUGGGGGUGUUGUUACCAAGGUGCGACAUAGGCCCUCUGGUCUAAUUAUGGCACGUAAGCUUAUUCACUUAGAAAUCAAGCCUGCAAUCCGAAACCAGAUCAUCCGAGAGCUACAGGUUCUCCAUGAGUGCAACUCUCCGUAUAUUGUGGGGUUUUAUGGAGCAUUUUACAGUGAUGGGGAAAUUAGUAUCUGUAUGGAGCAUAUGGAUGGAGGGUCUCUGGAUCAGGUACUGAAAGAAGCCCGUCGCAUCCCUGAAGAGAUUCUGGGCAAGGUCAGCAUUGCUGUGCUGCGAGGCCUGGCAUAUCUGAGAGAGAAGCAUCAAAUUAUGCAUAGAGAUGUGAAACCCUCCAACAUCCUGGUAAACUCACGGGGAGAGAUCAAACUUUGUGAUUUUGGAGUUAGCGGCCAGCUUAUUGAUUCCAUGGCCAACUCAUUUGUGGGGACCAGAUCUUACAUGUCUCCUGAACGGUUGCAAGGUACUCAUUACUCAGUGCAGUCAGACAUCUGGAGCAUGGGACUGUCACUUGUGGAACUGUCAAUAGGGAGAUAUCCCAUACCCCCACCUGAUGGCAAAGAACUAGAGGCCAUCUUUGGAAGGCCUGUACUUGACGGAGCUGAAGGAGAACCUCACAGUAUCUCUCCACGGCCAAGACCCCCAGGGAGACCUAUAAGCGGUCAUGGGAUGGACAGCCGGCCGGCUAUGGCUAUUUUCGAACUAUUGGAUUAUAUUGUAAAUGAGCCUCCCCCUAAACUACCCUCAGGAGUAUUUUCACCGGACUUCCAAGAGUUUGUACAUAAAUGUUUAAUAAAGAACCCAGCUGAACGGGCAGAUCUGAAGAUGCUGAUGACACACACGUUCAUCAAAAGAGCAGAGAUACAGGAAGUUGACUUUGCUGGCUGGCUAUGUAAAACGUUGGGUCUGCGUCAGCCAAGCACCCCAACCCGCACUGCUGUUUGAUUUCCCCCUUCUUAUCACCCAUGCAUUACUGAAUUGAAUCGCUCCCCCUCUCAAUGACUCAUCCCCCACCCACCUUGAUUAGAGUUCAGUGGGAAGGAUGGGGGGUUGCAGGGUACUAGCCUCCUGCAGCACACUGCUGUGCUUUUAUAAACCACACUCUGUACAAUUGUAUAUAUCUCUCUCUCUCUCUCUCUCUCUCUCUCUCUCUCUCUACACUGGCACCGAAUCUUAUGUGCGUACAUCUCUGUACUGCAGGAGUGCAUGUGUGCAGAGCAAUGUGAAUAUGUGCUUAGCUUUGUGCUGCAGGCCAAGAGGCGAGCAUGCAGAGCCCAAAGCAAAUCUAUGGAUGGAUUUUUUUUUAAAGGGUACUUUCUUUGGGUCUGAUUCUGUUGUAAUGGUGGGAUAUGUGGGACAGAACUACAGCCAUAAGAGGAAGUCAUCCAUGUUGUUGGGGGACUCGGAGACUAUAACAAUGAGAGGGAAGAAUGUAACCUGUCACUUACCGUUCAUUGAACCUUGUGGGGUUUAAUAAUGCUGUCAAAUUCCAUUUAAACCCCCCUCCCCCUUCUUCCAGAGUGCACUGUGGGCUCUCAAGACAGUUUCCGCUCCUCUUCUGCAGGCACGUUUCACUCUGAUCCACUGUGUGUCUCAAAGAAAUAAAUGUUAUUAUAUUCAAAUUAAA